ACCGCGAACAAAGCUUUUCGUUUCUGGUUCGUUGCCGCCUUGCACGUUCCUUCUACUUGCUUCUCUCUGCUUCUCUCUCUCUCCCAUCUUAUCUCAUAGCCGUAACCCUAACCCUAAACUUCUCUGUCUUCCUCUUAUCUCCUUCCAAUUUCGUUCCGGAUUCGAAUCUCGUACCAUCAUCUGCAGAUCUUUUAGAUCCGUAAUAUUUGAAACCCGACCUCUAAUUCCCUUCUGUUGAUUGAAAGCUGUCUUCUUCGUUUGAUUCCUCGUAUGGAUUGAUUUUCUUGUAAUUUCGUCGUUUCUGGGUUGAAUUAGAUUACUAAAUCCAUCUCUUCUGGAUUGUAUUCCUCGUCGGAAACCCGUAGUUUUCUUCCCAGAAUUGGAUUGGAAUCUGAAUUCGAGUUUUACGGAUUGGAUUCGCAAUUCCAGUGGAACCGUUCGUGGAGUUGGAACUGUUCAACGCUUACCUGAUUCGAAUUCCAAAGGUUUCAGAUCUAACUUUUAGUCAGUCUCAGUGCUGUUUCUAUUGGAUGCAAUCGUGUGAAAUUGAGCAUUCCCGAAGAAGAUUUCUCGGAUGGGAGAAGAAGGAACUGUUUGUUUGGAGAUGCCAAUGGAAGGAGCUAUGGUGGAAGGGAACUCAUCAAUUGGGGAACUGAAAAGAGAGCGUCUUUAUACCGGAGAAGAAGCCAUCGAAGGAGAAGAUUUUCCCAACAAGAAACAAGCGAAAGAGGCUUCCAACGAUGAUAUCAUAUCUGAGAUUUCGAACCCCGUCGCAUCUCCGGUAGAAAGCACUUCUCGAUUUCGCGAUGUCUCCAGUAAAUCCGGUUCGGGUGAUCCGGUCGAGUGCGGUGAGGUAACCGGUACUUGCUCCGGCAGUGAUUUCGGCUCCGGAGAGACUAUAAGCGACGGGAACGACGUAUCCGUAGCAGGUAGCCCUCCAACAGAGCAAUCGAGUGAUGAGUUAGCUUCUAGUUUUGUGUUGGAGAUUCCGAAGCAUCUUAGCUCGACUGGAAUCACGAAGAUCACGUUUAAGUUCAGUAGAAAAAAAGAGGAUUUUUACGAUUUGCCCGUGAAAAAGGAUCAUGCAUGGGACGGUGUCGCAGCUUCCCGGUGGGAUGUGAAGAUGCCGAAGAAGAUUGUUUCUAGCAGCUACCCAUCUAAUGUGAAGAAGCUGUUGGCGACGGGGAUUCUCGACGGUGCUCGAGUGAAGUAUAUUUCACUCCCACCGGUGAGAGAGCUUCAGGGGAUAAUCCAUUCGGGUGGGUAUUUGUGUGGCUGUACGACUUGCAAUUUCUCAAAAGUUCUAAGUGCGUUUGAGUUUGAGCAGCAUGCCGGUGCAAAAACUAGACAUCCGAAUAAUCACAUAUUUUUGGAGAAUGGAAGGGCUGUCUAUAACAUAGUUCAAGAACUGAAGACUGCUCCUCGUGAUGUUCUCGAGGAAGUUAUAAGGAAUGUGGCUGGCUCUGCUUUGAGUGAGGAGGGCUUACAAGCUUGGAAAGCAAGUUUCCAACAGAGUAAUUGCAUGUCUGACAGGAACCAGUUCAUGGAACAUUCCCUUGUCAGUUAUCUUGGUCCUGAUCCUGGUCAAGCUCUUGAUGAAAGUCAGAGUCUCACUCCAUGCUCUCUGGAUAAUCGUUAUUUUCGAGAGAAAACAUAUGCAAAGGACACUUUAGAUGAGCCGAAGCGGAUAGCAAAGAAGCUUACUUCUCAUGUAUCUGGUACGGGUUGCCAUAAGAAAGUUACUGAAGGAAGCAAUAGAAAAAGGGACAAUGAUUUACAUCGGUUGCUGUUUAUGCCUAAUGGGCUUCCGGAUGGGACUGAAUUGGCUUACUAUGUGAAAUCGCAGAAACUACUACAGGGUUACAAGCAAGGAAGUGGUAUAGUAUGUAGCUGCUGCAGCAAAGAGAUUAGUCCUUCGCAAUUUGAAGCGCAUGCUGGAAUGGCUGGUAGACGACAACCAUAUCGUCAUAUCUUUAUCUCUUCCGGAUUAUCAUUGCAUGACAUAGCCUUGUCAUUGGCGAAUGGACAUGUCAUUACAACUGGUGACAGUGAUGAUAUGUGUUCUAUUUGUGGGGAUGGUGGAGAUUUGCUGCUUUGUGCUGGAUGUCCUCAAGCAUUCCAUACAGCUUGUUUGAAAUUUCAGUCUAUGCCUGAGGGUACAUGGUACUGUUCGAGCUGCAAUGAUGGAACUUUCUCUAGUAAAAAGGCUACUGCCCCUGAUCCUUCUGGCAACUCUAAGCCUAUAGUUAUAAGACUGACAAGAGUCGUUAAAGCUCCCGAAAGCGAAAUUGGUGGCUGUGUGUUCUGCAGGUCCCAUGAUUUUAGCAUCGGAAAAUUUGAUGAUAGGACUGUUAUUCUCUGUGACCAGUGUGAGAAAGAGUACCAUGUUGGUUGCCUUAGAGGGAAUGGGCUCUGUGAUUUGAAAGAAAUUCCACAGGAGAAAUGGUUCUGCUGUAAUGACUGCAGCAGGAUUCACUCAGCAGUUCAGAGUUCUGUUUCAUGUGGGCCACAAACUAUACCUCCACUUUUGUUAGACAUCAUAUGCAGAAAAGACAGAGAAAAAGGAGUAUUUACCGAGAACGGGGAUACAGUCCAAUGGAGGAUACUUAGUGGAAAAAGUCGACACCCAGAGCAUCUGCGCUUGCUUUCACGAGCGGCUGUUAUCUUCAGGGAGUGUUUUGAUCCCAUUGUUGCGAAGUCUGGUCGUGAUCUAAUUCCUGUCAUGGUGUUUGGGAGAAAUAUAUCAGGCCAGGAGUUUGGAGGAAUGUACUGUUUGGUCCUGAUUGUAAAUUCUCUUGUUGUUUCUGCUGCGCUGCUGAGAAUUUUUGGUCAGCAAGUUGCUGAACUUCCAAUUGUAGCCACAAGCAGAGAGUACCAAGGAAGGGGCUACUUCCAAGGGCUGUUUGCUUGUGUGGAGAAUCUUCUAUCUUCUCUAAAUGUUGAGAACCUGGUCCUUCCGGCAGCUGAAGAAGCGGAGUCUAUAUGGACAAAGAAGUUUGGCUUUACAAAAAUGACUGACCAGCAAUUGCAGAAGUACCAAAAGGAAAUGCAGCUAACAAUCUUUAACGGAACCUCGAUGCUGGAGAAGAAAGUACCAAAGAGUUUAUCCGAAUCAACAGCUAACAUCUAAUCUGUAAAAGAUUCCUCUGGAAUUUGGUGUUCGGAUCUUUCCUCCUUUUUUUUUUUUGUUUUGGUGCUUUCUGAUAUCUUUUGUAGUGUUUUGGUUCCUUUUUGAAAAUAGAUUGUAGGUUGACAAAGGAGUCCCAUAACAGUUCCAUGUUUGUAAAGACCAAAGAGAAGAUAACAAUAAAAUAAAUAGAACAGUCAUAAGGAUUUGUAGACUUGUGUAGAACCUACUAACUUAUAGAAAAUAAUACUUUCAGUCA